GUACAGAGGCUGCAAGGGCGAGAGCGGAGCUCGAAACCCCGCAGCCCGAGAGGAAGAAGAUGAACGGCCCCAGGUCAGAGCCUCAGGCCGAGUGGACCUCAAGCCGCCCCCAGGGCGCCAGAAGCGACUUCAGCGGCAGCCACCAGCCCCGGUAGCUGCCCGUGCUGCCCAAGGCUAGGGAGGAAGGUACUCCGAGCCAGGGACUGAGGCUCAGUGCCACCUGCGCGCGCGGCCGCACAUCUGAGCGCUAUCCGCCCGCGAAGGGACCUUCGGGCUCCUCAAAGCUUGGACUCGUCUGUGAAGGAACGAAGAAACAGAAAGAAAUUCAAGAUCAGGCUUCACUAACCCUUCCGCUGCCCUUCUGGUUCUCCAAGUUUUUGAAAGCUUGCCACUGUGACCUAGUUCCGGAAAAUUGGCAGCCACCGAGACCCGGCUCUGAGAAGGCAAACGCUUGGCAAGUUCCACACUGAGCGGGGCGAGACUGCGGGCUGUCUGGAGGCGUGUCCAGGACCUCUGAGGCCUGACCCUGGGGGCUCGCGGGGCUGCCCCUGCCGCAGCCACCACAGACCCAGCCUCGCACUCCAAGGCUGCGUCCCGCCGGCCACCAUCAUGUCCACCCCGGGGGCUAAUGCGACCGCCUCCUCGAUCGCCAGCUCCAACCUGCCCAAGAGUCCGGUGACCAUCCCGGCGGUGAUGUUCAUCUUCGGGGUGGUGGGCAACCUGGUGGCCAUCGUGGUACUGUGCAAGUCACGCAAGGAGCAGAAGGAGACGACCUUCUACACGUUGGUAUGCGGGCUGGCGGUCACCGACCUUCUGGGCACGUUGCUGGUGAGCCCGGUGACCAUCGCCACGUACAUGAAGGGCGAGUGGCCCGGGGGCGAAGCGCUGUGCGAGUACAGCACCUUCAUCCUGCUCUUCUUCGGCCUUUCCGGCCUCAGCAUCAUCUGUGCCAUGAGUAUCGAGCGCUACCUGGCCAUCAACCACGCCUACUUCUACAGCCACUAUGUGGACAAGCGGCUGGCGGGCCUGACGCUCUUUGCCGUCUACGUGUCCAAUGUGCUCUUCUGCGCGCUGCCCAACAUGGGCCUCGGCAGCUCGCGGCUGCAGUACCCGAACACCUGGUGCUUCAUUGACUGGACCACCAACGUGACGGCGGACGCCGCCUUCUCCUACAUGUACGCGGGCUUCAGCUCCUUCCUCAUUCUCGCCACCGUGCUCUGUAACGUGCUCGUGUGCGGCGCGCUGCUCCGCAUGCACCGCCAGUUCAUGCGCCGCACCUCGCUGGGCACCGAACAGCACCACGCGGUCGCCGCCGCCGUGGCCUCGGCCGCCUGCCGGGGUCCCCCGGCCGCCGCCUCUCCCGCCCUGCCGCGCCUCAGCGACUUUCGCCGCCGCCGGAGCUUCCGCCGCAUCGCGGGCGCCGAGAUCCAGAUGGUCAUCUUACUCAUCGCCACCUCCCUGGUGGUGCUCAUCUGCUCCAUCCCGCUCGUGGUGCGAGUGUUCAUCAACCAGUUGUAUCAGCCAAGUUCAGAGCAAGACGUCAGCAAAAACCCAGAUUUGCAGGCCAUCCGAAUUGCUGCUGUGAAUCCCAUCCUGGACCCCUGGAUAUACAUCCUCCUGCGGAAGACAGUGCUCAGUAAGGCGAUAGAGAAGAUCAAAUGCCUCUUCUGCCGCAUUGGUGGGUCCCGCAGAGACCGCUCAGGACCGCACUGCUCAGACAGCAGGAGGACAUCUUCUGCCAUGUCUGGCCACUCUCGCUCCUUCCUUUCCCGGGAACUGAAGGAGAUCAGCAGCACAUCUCAGACCCUCCUUUACAUGCCAGACCUCAGUGAAAAUGGCCUCGGAGGCAGGAAUUUGCUUCCAGGUGUGCCUGGCAUGGGCUUGACCCAAGUAGACACCACCUCACUGAGGACUUUACGAAUAUCAGAGACCUCGGACUCCUCCCAGGGGCAGGACUCAGAGAGUGUCUUACUGGUGGACGAGGUGGGCGGGACUAGCAGGGUUGGGCCUACCCCGAAGGGGAGCUCUCUGCAAGUGACAUUUCCCAAUGAAACACUGAACUUAUCAGAAAAAUGUAUAUAGGAGCUAAGCAAAGAAAUACAGCACUAUUUCUGAAAGCUUAUAAAAUCCUGUGCAAUAGACACAUAAAUGAAGUGUUUAGCUGUGCUCAGAAGGGCUAUUUCUGUCCUAGGACUCACAUUCAAGAAUAUCCUGGCUUUUGAGCACUUUUCAAACGAGCAAGGUGAUUCACAUGGGUCCCGAGGUCUGAAGCACAUCGGUUGCCACCUCGUUAUGACACAGGAUUUCCGUCACAGCUUGAUGGCUGAGAAGAUCUACCCUCAGUUUUUCUACUUGACAGGAGGAUGGCAGAAGUUUUGCUAUUUCCGUAACAUCGUGAGCUUUCUAUCUGGCACCCCAAAGAAGGCCAGGUACAGAGGGCUCCGUUUCAAUAAACUAUGAGGACUAUCUUAUGGAUGAUUUAAGUGUCUCACUAAAGCAUGAAAUGUGAAUUUUAUUGUUGUAAAUAUGAUUUAAAGUAUUUAAAGUAUGUUCUUCUCUGUGAGAAGGUUUAUUGUUAAUACAAGGUAUAAUAAAAUUAUGGUAAGCCCUCUCUCCCAGUAUAACCAGCUGAAGUUGCAGAUGUUAGAUUUUUUUUUCAUAAACAGAUUCAGACCAAGGUGUUGAAAAUUCACAGUGAAACUCAUAUCUAUAAGAUGGAUAUAAAUUUUUUAAAGGAAGUUUAGUACUGUUAAAGGAAUAAAGAAAAAUGACUAUUUAAGAUGUGAAAAUUUAUGGUCCAAAGUGUUAAAGUUCUUUCCAAUGUAUGUGUAAUACAUAGUGAAAAAUUUUUAGUGAUGGCUCUAUGUGUUUACCCAGAAAACUGUGAUUUCAGGAGACCCUAACAUGCUGGUAAAUAUUUUCUACUUUUGCCCCCACUAACUGGUUCUUUUUAAAAUGUAACAUAAAUUUUAAAGAGUCUUUAGUAAAUAACCCGUAAUUGAAGUGUAUAAUAUACAAAUAAAAAGUCUAAGCAGCUUGUUUUCCCCCUGAAAGUGUGCAUAGUUUUACUUUCCUAAGGAAUGGUCUAGAAUAUUGUUUAAAAUUUAAGAGGAAGACAGAUUGCACCAUAACGCCCUUUAUGUGGAAGGAGUGGUUAAAUCAGCCUGUCACAGAUGUCAUAAGAGUUGAACAAGUAACCGUGGGCAGUUGUUAAGGGCGCAGAACUUGGGCAUGUAAGGGUCACCUACCAGUUUUGUGUAACACUCAGAAAUGCUGUACACAUAUUUGAAGGCCCUUUCUCAAAGAAAUAUUAAGCAUGUUUUGUUGCUUAAAGUGUUUUUGUGAAUUGCUUGGUUGUAAUUAAAUUCUGAGCCUGAUAGUGACAUGGUUUUAAGAAACAGUUGUACCAACUGAAAUUAUUUUGGAGAUUAUAAUAAAUAAAUACACUCAAUCUGAGUUCCAUAAACUGUGA